CGAACAUGCGCAUUCGACGCAAGUAAGUUUGUGGCGCGCCAGUUAGCAGUCAAUGCCUUUUAAAUUGAAAUUUCAUGAGGGAGAGAAAGUCCUUUGCUUUCAUGGACCUCUAAUUUACGAGGCAAAGUGCCUGAAGACACCAGUUGCUAAAGAGAAAGAUAAGACUUUGAAGUACCAGAUUCAUUACAAUGGAUGGAAUAAAAGUUGGGAUGAAUGGGUGCCCGAGGGCAGGAUACUCAAAUACACUGAUGCAAAUCUUCAGAAGCAGAAAGAGCUCAAGCAGCAACAUCUCAUGAAGGAAGGGAAGGGAAGAGGGAAGAGGAAACUAGAAGUGACUGUGGCAAAAGCAUCAGGAUCAGUGGCAGGCAUCAAGAGUACUGAUGCUGAUGGUUUGUCUCGAAAGAAAAAAGGGAAAUUGGAUGCUACAAUAGAGACUCAAGAGCAGUUUCAGUGUCGACCAGAAGUUCAUGUGUUUAUACCAAACGAGUUGAAGCAAUGUCUUGUUGAUGAUUGGGAUCUGAUAGCUAGACAGAAACAGCUUGUCAAGCUUCCCAGUCCAUUACCUGUUGACAAAAUUUUGAAAGAUUUUGUAGAGAAACAGACAAACAAGGAAAAAGAAGGAGCUGCCAAGGAGAUAGCUCGUGGGAUCAAGGAGUACUUUAAUGUGCUGUUGGGAGCUCAGUUGUUGUACAAGUUUGAACGACUGCAGUAUACUGAGUUACGUUCUUCACACGAGGACAAACCGAUGUCUAGUAUUUAUGGAGCUGAACACUUACUAAGACUCUUUGUUCGGUUAGGAUCCAUAUUGGCUUACACAUCUGUAGAUGAAGAUGACAUGACUGUUCUUCUCUCCCAUGUUCGCAGUCUUUUGCAAUACAUGCAGACCAAUGUAGAUGAGAUGUUUAAACGACAGUACGAAGUUGCGUCACCAGACUACUGCAGAAAGGCUGCUGGAUAGUGUAUAGUUUGGUAUGUUGAUGAUGUAAUGCAUACACAUUAUAGUUGAACAGACAGUGCCAGUUGGAGACUUUCUAGUUUGCUUCAACUGUUCAUCUGUAUGAUGUAAAGUGCAAUAAUUCCUAUUUGAGUGAUUGGCAA